AUGGCGGCGGUGGCGGCGGUGAGAAAUGGGGAUAAGGUGAAUGGGGAUCGAUCUGGCCAAGUGAUGAUGUCGCAGGCUUCAUCAUCUACCGGUCUCAAUCGCCGUUCAAGCACAGGUAGGAAUGUCGUGCAGGCUCAACCGCUAGCUGUUGUUGCUGCAGGCAGUAUGGCCACUGGUUUCGAUCCGGAGGCGGUGACCGAUAAUGCCACCGGGUUGCCAUUGAUAUUCUGCCCAGAUUGCAAUGACGUGAGGGUGUUUAGUGCCAUUACCAAGUCGGGGGUUAAUGAGGGAAGGAGAUAUUUCAAGUGUCCUAGGAAGACUCAUGUUAAUUCGAGAUGCAUGAGGUAUUGGUUCGAGGAAGAAUAUGUAGUGUACCUUCACGACAAUGGAUAUCUAUCUUCCGCAUCUUCGACAACCGAAGUUCCUGAGGUUGUGGGAAGACUUGAUAGCUUAGAGAAAAAUUUGAAGUCGAUGGAGGACAAAGUUGGCAAGAACAGAGAUGGCAUGGGCAGUUGCAUUUGUCUUGUUUGUGGUUGUGUCAAUGUAACACUAUUCCUGGUGUUGGCCAUCUGUGUGGUGGUAGCUGUUGUGUUCAAGUAG